AGCUCAGCUCUCUUUCUUACUCUCACAAGCCAACAGUGAAGAGUUUGCGCAGCUCAGCAAGCCGCUCAACGCAGCCAGCCGAGCUGCACUUGAGAAUUUUUUUUUCUGUCAAAAAGUAACAUCCAUGAAGAAAUCCAGCACCACCGUCUUACUCAUACUUGGAACCAUCAUGUGAUUUGAAUUUUUUCUAUUUUUCACCUGAUAAAGCAGCAAGCAAGCAGGCGGAGCUUGUGAAAAAGCAGAAAGCAGUCAAUUGUGUGACAAGUUGAAGUUUCUGCAACUACAAUGGACCUGGCUUUACUUCUGAUAAUUUCCUCCUGUUUAGGUUUGUCAGCAUGUUUCUCCGUGGAGGAGCAGUCACGUCACCUCUCCUUGGAGAAAACCUAUGGCCGCUUGGUUAAGGACUCCCACAUGUGCCACCACAUGUUGAAGCACCUUCACGACGGGGCCCGCAUCACCGUGCAGAUGCCCCCAAACGUGGAGGGUCACUGGGUGUCCACCAGCUGUGAGGUGCGACCAGGUCCGGAGUUCCUGACACGCUUCUACCGCUUCUACGACAACAACACCUUCGAAGCGCACCAGUUCUACUAUGAAGACAAUCACUGCACCAAGCCCACCUACACCCUGCUGGUGCGGGGACGCCUGCGCCUGCGCCAGGCCUCCUGGAUCAUACGGGGCGGCACCGAGGCAGAGUACUACCUCCACCGGGUCCAGAUCACUUGCCAUGGGGCCGGAGUGGCCAAGGAGCUGAGCCAGAGGCUGAACCAGAGCUGCAAGGGAGCCGUGAGGGGAGCCUGGGAACCCAACGUGCCCUACGAGCUGUGGAGCGAGGAGGGCGGCUAUAACUGCUCCAGGGAGCUCAACUUUGCCAUGCAUGAGCUGCAGCUGCUGCGGGUGGAGAAACAGUACACGCACCACAACCCGGACCACUUGGUGGAGGAGCUCUUCUUAGGUGACGUCCACACAGACCCCAUGCAGAGGCUGUAUUACAAGCCCUCCAGCUACCAGACGCCCCUGCAGAACGUCAAGAACCACGCACACGGUUGCAUCGCCUGCCGCAUCAUCUACCGCUCGGACGAGUUUCAUCCGCCCAUCCUGCCUCCGCGUGCUGACCUGGCGGUGGGUUUGUACGGCCAGUGGGUGAGCCAGCGGUGUGAAGUGCGCCCGGAGGUGCUCUUCCUCACCCGCCACUUCCUGUUCCACGACAACAACCACACGUGGGAAGGCUACUACUACCACUUCUCCGAUCCCGUGUGCAAGCACCCCACCUUCACCAUCUACGCCCGGGGACGCUACUCCCGCGGCCUGCACUCCACGCGCGUCAUGGGUGGCACCGACUUUGUCUUCAAAGUGAAUCACAUGAGAGUGACGCCCAUGGACUUCGCCACCACAUCGCUUCUCAACGUGUUCAGUGGCAACGAGUGCGGUGCCGAGCGGUCGUGGCAGCUGGGCGUGGAGCAGGACGUGACAGCCACCAACGGCUGCGUGGCCCUGGGCAUCCGCCUUCCCCACACAGAGUACGAGUUGUUCCGCAUGGAGCGUGACGCCAACGGACGCUACCUGCUCUUCAACGGCCAGCGGCCCAGCGACGGCUCCAGCCCGGACCACCCGGACAAGCGGGCGACAUCCUACCAGCUUCCCCUUGUGCGCUGCGCCGCCAGCAGCCAGGCACCGGGACGCGACCUUGACGGAAGCGACACACCCCUGCGGCUCAGAAAUGGCGGCGAGGGCCACAACCGGGCCAGUGUAGUGACAGCGUUUGUUGCUAUCAUUGUCAAAGCAUUGUCGCUUUAGGCCCACAAUAGUGAAAAGCAAUAAGUCGCCUAAGGAGGUCAUUAUUGAACCUCAAAGUGGUACAAUCAAGUAGAUUGUGCCGAAUGGGCCAAAAUGGCUUCCAAGGGAGCGUGCAUUGUUGGCUGAAGGAGGAGAAGAGCCAGGAACCAUAGACUUGUCCCUACAAAAAACUGCACUUUAGGCGGAAAGAGCCAAAGAUGGACUCUGAUGUAUACAUGAUGUGAUAUGUACAUCCCCCAUAGUUGUUUAGAUAAGGGGCAGGGAGCCAUUUUCCUAUGAGGGAGGAAUCAUAUACUCUACUCACAAGAGUGUGCUUAUGUACAUGCCUGAGCGGGAAUAUAAAUUUCCCAAUCAUUGUGGCGCAAUACCACACACCCACAGACCGCCAGUGGUUUAGCUUGAGUGGACCAAUCAUUGCUCACGUGCGACGUUGCCCACCCUUGGUUUCACUCUCCAUAAAGAUGCUUUUUUGGUAUUGUAAAGAAAGACUAAAGUCACGUUUCAAUGUGGAGUCAUAAAAACAUGACUACAAUUGCACUUACUGUAACAUGUAUCUUAUCAAGACAGCAGGGUAAUGGAAAUAAUAUAACGAGAUGGUGUGUUUUUGA